AUGCUUGAUUCAUUUCAAGAAGGUUUAUACUCAACAGAAAAUUUGAAUGCUCUUAAGAUUUCUGGCUUGCCUAAUCAUAGAUUAGUUCUUAAAGUUGGUGUUCCUGUCAUGCUUCUCCGCAACAUCGAUCAACAGAAAGGUUUAUGUAACGGUACAAGGCUAAAAAUUACUUUUCUAGACAAACGAGUAAUAGAAGCUGAAGUAAUAUCUGGCGGUAAUAUCAGCACAAGAGUUUUUAUUCCAAGGCUUAAUAUGAUUCCGUCCGACAAAAAAAUACCAUUCGAAUUCCAACGAAGACAAUUUCCUCUAUCAGUUUGUUUUGUCAUGACAAUUAACAAGAGUCAAGGACCAUCGUUAUCAAAAGUUGGUCUGUAUUUGAAAGAUCCUGUGUUCACUCAUGGUCAGUUGUACGUUGCAUUAUCAAGGGUCAAGACCAGAGAAGGAGUUAAAAUAUUGAUAUUCGAUGCCGAUGGAAAACCAACAAAUAAGACGUCUAAUGUCGUCUAUAAAGAAGUCUUUGGUAGCUUAUAA